CAGUUUUAUUAAUAGUUAAACAUCCCAUCAAAUAAGAAAAUAAUUAAUUACAGGCUUUUCAUUUCAACAGUCUUAGUUAUGCAUUUGGAUUUUGAAUUUUUUACUGUUUGUUUGAUGCUAAAAUAUAUGCAUUUACAUUACAUAUGCACUUUUGCUUGAGUAAAAUCAACACGGUUCUUCACUUUUUCAGCAUAAUUGUAAUGGACACUGUGAGAACCCUGUAUAAGUUGUCUGAUCUGAGACAGACCAGGUUUGGUCAACCACCUCCCAGACACGGUCUGAGCUUGUUGUGGUGGUUUGCUCAUGAUUGUGUUCAGAUUGAUUUCAAUGGUCGUAUGAUUGCAGAGUGCAACCCUAAAAAUGGAGCUUUUGGUUUCCACCGAUUCCAUAAUAGGGAUGGACUGCUUCCUUACAGUGACCUACUGUACUAUGAGGUGGGCAACCUCAACUACACUGACUCACUGCCUGAUUAUGUCACUGAGAAUUACACUGGAUAUUCAGACAGCAGCAAUAAAGACCGCAUCAUUGUUUCCUUUGACCCAAGGCGGAGAAGAUUUGAGAAUAUUUAUGUGACACAGCACUCAGAUCAGGUGCACUUUGACCAGAAUCACACCUACUGUAUUAGCACUGAACUCAUCAAGGACAUUCAAGACUUGAGCCGUGAAGACUUCCUCAGAGAACCCUUGAAUCAUUCUGAACAUAUAUCCAUAGACAUAUAUCAGUCAGAGCAGGGAGAAACCUGUCAGAAUAUUAGCAAUGAACUCAUCGAGGACAAUCAAGACUCGGAUCAUUCCGUAGACAUGCCUCAGUCAGAGCAACACAACCAGACACACUGCAGUCAGAGAAAGAAAUGCUGCUGUGUGCUGCUGUGCUGCUGUGUGCUGGUUCUGCUGCUCAUUAUUGCUACUGCUGUCUAUUUAUUGUUAUUCUAGAUGAUUUGAAAUGGCAUGUUGCAGUUUGUUCCCUUUGAGUCAGUUGUUUAUUGUGAUGAAAUUGAACACGUUUAUUAUUAUGUUGAGCAUUGUAAAUGUAUGACAACAUUCUUUUUAGAUUUAGAAGGAACAAAUCUAAUAUAUAUAAUACAUUUCUUCAUUUCUUUAUUCAUAUUUGUUUUUGCUUAUUCUUUGAAAUAUACAGAGACUGUAUUAGAACUAAAACUCCAAAACCAUUAACUUGUGUGUUUGUGCAAUUUUUAUUUUAUUUUAUUUAAAAAUGUGAACUUGUCUAUUA